AUGCAAGAGAACAAGGCAAAGGCGAAGGUUCGGAAGUUGCAGGCGGACCAAUAUGUAACCAUUGCUACAGCAACAACAGGACAAAUUCAACAAUAUACUAAGUCAAUAACUACCAAGAUCUCGAAGAAGUUUCUUGAUGAAAAAGAAAGGACAGUAAAGCGUACCAAAACGUUUAAGGAAAGUGAUAACAAUGAUAAUAUCAAAAAUGAUCAUUUAUUGUUAUCAGAUGAAAAAUCCUUGUUAGGUAGAAAUGAUACGAAAGAUGGAACUCAAACACCUCCUCAUAAAAUUACCAGAAACACUUUCUUCGCUCAAUCCUCAACCAGUGAAAUCCAUGAAAGCAUCCUUAGAGCUUCUUCUGAGAAUUUAACGGGCUUAGAUGAGAUUAAGUAUUUCAAAGAAUUCAUUCCACUCUUCGAAGAAUACAAAGAUUGUGAAAAAAAUAAUGUGUACUCUUGCACUAAUGAUGAUGUCAUAGACAUCAGAAGUGAUGGCGGUUUUGCAAAAUUUUUAACUGAAGAGUACACAAGCUACUUUUUCUACGACCAAAAAGGAGUGCA